AGCCCGACCAGAGAAUUUUUCCCAUAGAACCUCAACCUCCGUUCGGAGAAUCGGAUUCUUCCACGAGGCCGAUUUCCAGAGCUUCACGAGUGCUACGCACAUACUAUCGAUUCCCGCUGGCGUCGUCACCAGGGUCAAUCUUCGAACUAGAUCUUCCAUUGUGAAGAAGAGUCCUUUGUUGAGUUGAGGAGCAGCCCGUAUAGAAAUCCACACUGGUCGUCAUGAAUAAUCCACCAGGCUUUGCCGGGAGGCGUCUGCACCCGAAAUUCAAGUUGGAUAAGCCGAUGAACAUUGCCGCUAUGGGCGGCUUCCCGACGCCCUUUGCGAACUUUUCGAAGUUUGUAGAUCCAAGCGGGAAACUGAACUUCAACGGUAAAGCCGUCUUACAUGCCUCUGGCGUGGACUUCACAAAUGGAAACUCCUACAAAAUCAACAUGAAGGAGCUGACGCUAUUGGAGGAGUUGGGGAAGGGGCAGUAUGGGACGGUGCAGAAGGUGCAUCAUAUUCCAACGAACGUCACCAUGGCAAUGAAGGAGAUCCGGCUAGAGCUUGACCAAACAAAGCUGAAUCAGAUCAUGAUGGAAGUUGAUAUAUUGCAAAAAGCGCAGAGCCCGCACAUCGUCGAAUUCUACGGGGCGUUCUUCAUCGAGUCAUGUGUGUAUCUGUGUAUGGAGUACAUGGAUGCGUCGUUGGAUAAGCUGUAUGGUGAUGGUGUGCCGGAACCAGUGCUGGGGAAGAUUACGUGGGCGGUGGUGAACGGAUUAAAGACCCUGAAGGACGAGCAUUCCAUCAUUCAUCGGGACGUCAAACCAACGAAUGUCCUGGUGAAUACGAAGGGAGACGUCAAGCUAUGCGAUUUCGGUGUCAGCGGGCAGCUGGAGCAGUCGAUGGCCAAGACGAAUAUCGGAUGUCAAAGUUACAUGGCGCCCGAACGAAUCACGACCGCAACAGCAUCCACCUACACCGUCCAGUCCGACAUCUGGUCCCUAGGUCUCUCGCUAGUUGAACUCGCGCUGGGCCGGUAUCCCUACGGCGGCGGAAAGUUCGAUUCGGUGCUUGCGCAGAUCAACGCCAUCGUGCAGGGCGAGCCACCACAGUUGCCGGAAGACAAGUACUCCCAGGAGUGUAGGGAUUUCGUGGCGCAGUGCUUGAAUAAGGACCCGAGGGCGAGGCCGAAUUAUGCUCAGUUGUUGGUAUGUUAUCGGGAUUGGCGCCCCGUGCUUGAUUAUGUUGUUGCGUGGUUUCAAUGGCCAUAUCAUUCUCCAAUGCCGAGUCUAACAGCGUUCUUCUUCACAGGACUCACCAUGGCUCCGCCGUGUAGAAACCGAACAAGUCGACGUCGGCGCCUGGGUUCGCGAAGCCAUCGCCCAAAAGAACGCCCGCGCAACCAACGCAAUAAACCAAGCGAACGCAGAAUACGAAGCCCGCCUCGCGAACAACUGUAAAGUUAACGGAAUAGGAUCAUCACCCGUGCGGUCAUCCACAACAGCACGACCGGACACGGAUAUCACAGUCACGAGCUUGAUGAUGGCCCUGCCAAAGACGCAGGAUUCGAUCGUGCAGCCGCCUGCUGUCAAGAUUGAGGGCGCUACGCCGACUGCAUAGUUCUCUGCGAUU